GGGGCCGUGGCGCCGCGUGAGUCCCCACUGGCUCGCGCAAAGCCAUCUUGGCAUUGUUCUGCCCGCGCCGCCGCCCGCGCCGCCACAGCCCCGCGCCCCGCACGCCCCCGCCAUGUCCGACACGGCCGUGGACACCAGCGCCGAGAUCUCCGCCAAGGAUCUAAAAGAGAAGAAGGAAGUUGUUGAAGAAACAGAAAAUGGCAGAGAUGCACCGGCCAACGGCAAUGCUGAGAACGAGGAAAAUGGAGAGCAGGAGGCUGAUAACGAAGUAGAUGAAGAGGAAGAGGAAGGUGGUGAGGAAGAGGACGAGGAGGAAGAGGGUGAUGGUGAGGAAGAAGAUGGUGAUGAAGAUGACGAAGCUGAGGGAGCCACAGGCAAACGGGCAGCUGAGGAUGACGAGGACGACGACGUCGAUCCCAAGAAGCAGAAAACUGAUGAAGACGACUAGGCAGCAAAUUAUAAUUAUUUUUUUUAAAUAAGGAGGAAAAACAAACCAA